AUUACAUAUAAUUUGUCGUCAUUUUCGAAUUGUAUAUUCGAAUAGCAUUUACAGAGACAAAAAAUAUAGAAUGUUUGAUUUUUUUUUGUUAUGGCAUUAUAUUUUUCAAUGUCUAUUUAUCAAAGUAUAUUAUUAAAUUUAAUCUAUUAAUUUGAGCUGCUCAACAAGGAAUUUACUUAUAUCAUUUUAUUCCUAACUUUUGUAAAAAAAUAUUCUUUACCAUAAGUAACAGUCUGAUGGUAACAAUAGCCCACUGUCGCAAAAUAUAUUCAAUUAAAAAAAAAGUUAAUACUGAAAUGUCAAAUACACAUGGCAUAACGUCAUAGUGAUUUCAAAAAUGAAAGUAUCGAUAUUUAUCUGACGUAUAUUCCGAUAUAUUUUAAAAAUUAAAUAUUCUUCAAUAUUGAUAUUAAUGCUCAGGAGAACUCUUCAGAAAAGACUCCACUAUUAAGAUAACAUUUAUUGUAAUAUUAAUAAUUAGCAGAACUGGUUUUUUACAAACUAUAAUAUGUAGUAAAUUAGUAAUAUAAAAAGUAAAAAAUGAUGAUUACAUACGUAUCACUCCUUAUUAUUUUAGUUUUUACAUUAAGCAUGUUUUUUAAACUACUUUUACAAUAUAUUGUAACAAAAUAAUGUAUCCAUAAAUAUAAAUUAAGUGAUUUAUCGUAUUUUAUUGUCGAGUUCAUGGUCGCACUACAGCUGCCUAAUGUCACAAAAUAACAAAUUUUUUGGUUAUGUUCUGUUCAAGUCAAUGUGUUUAAAUAAAUUUCAUUCGAUAUAACUUUAAAACUUUAUAGAAUGUCUUCCUCUUUCUUUUUAAGAGGUAAAUCUAGACAAGUGAAAAAAAGAAAAGGCGAUAGAAUACAAACAAAGUCUAAGAAAACUCCACCUAACCUAAAAAAUGGGCACGAAUCUUCUGAAAGUGAUUUGGAGAUUAAAAAGUUUUCCGAUGCUGAAGAUUCGGGGAGUGAACAUGAGACCGCUGAACAAACAAAACUGAGGUUAGCAAAGAAGUACCUUGAAGAAAUAGAAAGAGAGGAAGCGAAACGUGCUGAACUGAAGGAACUGGAUGAUGUCGUGGAGAAAAGACUGCAAAAAGAUUAUUUAGAACAGAAAGGCAAAUUAAAGACACAAGUGGCUGACAGCUACGUCGCACCUAGGGACAGUGACUUCCGACUAAUACGCGCCAGAGAACACCGUCUCACGCUAACAUGUGUAUGUAUAAGUAAUGAUGGACAGUUUGUGUUCACAGGCAGCAAGUGUGGCACCAUAAUUAAAUGGGGCGUCAAAGAGAAACGGAAACUUGGUUGUAUAACUUAUAAAACUCAUUCUAAAUUAUUGAAAGGUGGAAUAAGUUCAUUAGCUAUCACAACAGACACAAAAUUUUUGGCCUCAUCCGACCAAUCACCUAAUAUACAGAUAUGGGACCCUAGUAUAUUGAAGCAUAGUCAUACAUUUAAAGGACACAAAGAUCCAGUGACUGGUCUUGUGUUUAGAAAGAAUACACAUGAGUUGUACUCUGCAAGUAAAGAUAGAUCUGUGAAAAUCUGGUCUUUGGAUGAGAUGGCAUAUGUGGAAACACUGUUUGGUCAUCAGUCUCCCAUAACGUCUAUUGACGCUUUGACUAGAGAGUGUGCAAUCACAGCUGGGGGCCGGGAUACCACGGUUCGAAUAUGGAAAAUCGUAGAAGAGUCACAGCUCAUAUUUAAUGGACCUGUUGGUACUAUAGAUGAAGUAAAAUUAUUGAAUGAAGAGCAUUUUGUUUCUGGAAGCGAUAAUGGUUCACUUUGUGUGUGGAGUGUAUUAAAAAAGAAACCUUUAUGUACUGUAAAUGAAGCCCAUGGUAUUGAUAAUGAUGUGCCAAGAUGGAUCACUAGUCUUGCAACUUUAUUAAAUUCUGAUGUGUUUGCAUCAGGCUCUUAUGAUAAUAAAAUUAGGCUAUGGAAAAUUUGCGACAAUUAUAGGAAAGUAUUACCUUUAUUUAAUAUAGAGGUAAACGGUUUUGUUAACUGUAUGCAGUUCACUAAUGAUGGUAGACAACUUUAUGCAGCAAUUGGUCAAGAGCAUAAAGCAGGCAGAUGGUUCAGAAUUGUUACUGGACAUAAUGGAUUAUUAGUUGUUAAUUUUAAUAUUAAGUCAUGAUGCUAUGACAUAAAAUUAUAUAAUUAAGUAUAAACAUAU